AUGAGGGCGGUGUCGCUGCCGUGGCUGGAGUCCUUCACAGCCGCUUUACCCUCUAUUGACUUGACCGCGAACCAAGUCGCGGAGCAGGUCUUGGCGCCAGCCAUCGGCAGGUCCAAGCGCACGCCCAAUAGCGGCGGCGGAGGCGGCAGUUCGUCAAUGUACGGCAGCUGCAGCUACGCAGAUGUGGUUCUGGCGGAAGGCGGCGGCGGAGCCGCCUCCGCCGCCGCGGCGGUGUCGAUGGGCCGACCGUACCAUUACGUCAUCCAUGCGCGCUCCCGGCGCUUUGGAGAUACGGUGGCGAUGCUGCGUAAGCAUUUCGCGACGGAAGCGCAGCACGCGCAGCAUGAGGGGCGCAGCGCGGUUGCGCCCGACGGCGUUUUUGUGUGGCUGGACGUUUUCGCGACUGACCUGCAUGAUUUCGGUUGCAGUGGAAGUGCUGGUUUCGGCGCCGAUGACUUAGGGGACGGAGCCGAGCGCGCCAAUGAUGAUGAUGAUGACGCGCAUCUGCAGACUAUACGGGAGGCUGUAGCUGGCGCACAAUCAGUUUUGUUCGUAUUGGACGACGAUGCCGAGGCGUUACGGCGGCUUUUGUGCCUGUACGAGCUUUGGCUUGCGGGCACGUCAGCGCGGCAACUUCGGUUGUUGUCGUACGAUCUGGACUUUGAAGCCCUGCGUUACGCGAUUGCUGAUCUGGACCUCGCCGUCGCAAUCACCGCCGCCGCCAGCGGCGGCGGAGGCGGCGGAGGCGAGGACGACGUCGUCAAUGGCCGCGAAGCGCGCCUCCGCCGCCACAUCCUCCGCGAGCUCCUUGGCGACGCUGACGGCGCCGCCAACGGCCCCGCCGCCGCUGCCGUAUCCAGGGCCUUACGCGACGCCCUCGUCGGCAGUAUCCUGGCGGAGGCUCGCCAAGAGCAGCAACGACUGGAGAGCGGCGCACUUACCGCCGCCGCCAAGUACGACACCGCCGACGGCGGCGACGGCGCAGCCACCGACGAUGACGCUGGUGCCAGGUGCUCCGCCGCCGCCAUCUUCCGCCUCGACCGAGCCGCUCGGAUGCUGGAGGCGCUUGGGCGGAUGGCAGAGGCGGAGGUACUGUUCCGCCGCGUGCUAGCGGCGACGGAGGCGGCGCUAGGUACGGAACAUCCGGACACACUGACUUCGGCCUCCAACCUGGCUUCGCUGCUACACGACCAGCGGCGGCUGGCUGAGGCGGAGCCCUUGCUUCGUCGAGUGUUGAGCGCCACGCAGCGAGCUUUGGGUGUGACACAUCACGAGACGGCGGCCUCCCUGGAAGCGCUGGCCAUGUUGCUGGAGCAGCAGGGCAGGAUGGUAGAUGCGGAAGCGGCUUUCCGUCGGGCCCUGACCGCGUACGAGGCCGCUCUGGGAGCCACCAGCCGCGACGCCCUGGCUGCCGCCAACAACCUGGCCCACGUGCUGCGGCUCCAGGGAUCCCCGGGGCAGCUGGCGGAGGCGGAGGGGCUGUACCGGCGGUCGCUGGCGGGCUACCAGGACGAGCUGGGCCCGGGGCAUCCCGACACGUUGGCCGCGGUGAACAACCUGGCACUGGUGCUGAAGGAGGCAGGAAAACUGGAGGACGCGGAGAGGCUGUACAGGCGGGCUUUGGAGGGCAGCGAGUUGGCCCUUGGUCCCGGCCACCCGCACACCCUCUCCGCCGCCAACAACCUGGCAGCGGCGCUGCAGGCGGAGGGGCAGAUGGCGGAGGCGGAGGGGCUGUUCCGUCGUGCCCUCCAGGGCCGGGAGGAAGCGCUGGGGCCCGCACAUCCCGACACGCUCGGCUCUGUGAACAACCUGGCGGUACUGCUGCAGGCGCAUGGCCGCUACGAAGAUGCCGAGCCGUUGUUCAGACGCGCUCUGGCCGGGUGGGUGGCCGCUCUGGGGGCCUCGCACCCCGACAGCCUCACCGCCGCCUGGAACCUAGGGGUGGUGCUGGAGGCGAUGGGCAAGACCGAGGAGGCUUUGGAGGUGUACCGGCAGGAGGCGGAGGGGCGGGAGAGGAGGGGGGAGGUGGCGCGUGUGGCGCAGCGGCGGGCGCAUAUUGCCAAGCUGGAGGAGAGCAGCAGAGCCUGA